AUGAUCGGUGCUCUUUUUAUUUAUAACCAUAAAGGGGAAGUGCUUAUACAGCGCUUUUUCCGUGAUGAGGUCCCGAGAACUUCAGUUGAUGUGUUUCGUGUGCACGUUAUACAUUCCAGACAUCAGAUUCGUUCCCCUAUCGUUAACAUUUCCAGGACCAGCUUUUUCCACGUUAGACGGGGAAAUGUUUGGUUAUGUGCUGUAAGCAGACGAAACCUUAACGCCGCGGCAGUCUUUGAGUUGCUACAUGCGAUUUUGGGCGUCUUCCAGCAGCAUUUGGGCCGCGUUACUGAGGAGAAUAUUAAGAAUAACUUCGUUUUAGUUUACGAGCUGCUUGAUGAGGCUGUAGACUAUGGUUAUGCGCAAACCACAGAUACCGAUGUCCUUCGAAAUCUCAUUACGCAGGCGGCUAUUCGAUCUGCAAAUAAAGAAGAAACUACUCAGAUUACUAAUCAAGUCACCGGACAGAUCAGUUGGCGACGGGAAGGCAUCAAGUAUCGACGGAACGAACUUUUUCUUGACAUCACGGAAUCCGUUAACCUACUUAUGUCACCUCAAGGACAGAUCUUAUCGGCUCACGUGGUCGGUAAAGUGGUUAUGAAGUGUUAUCUAAGUGGAAUGCCUGAUUGCAAAUUUGGUUUCAAUGACAAAAUUAAUUUGGACAAUCGGCCGAAAAAUUCCAGCACUAUCGGAGGUGGGGACGAAUUGUAA